UUCACUGACUUACAGAAAGUUGGAUAGGGAGAGGAGUGACAAAUACCUGUUGUGCCAUUAAUUUCACACCAAAAACACUUUUAGAAUGAUUCAUAUGUCUAUUGACCCUGUAAUUAUACAUAAGAAAUGUUCGUUAGAAAUAGGAAAAUUAUGAGUAAUCUACUCCAGCAAAGUCUAAAAGUAUUUAUUCUAGGCUAUGUGCCCGAGGGACUUCUCAAUUUGGUGUUCUCAACUGACUGAGAGUGUUUCAUCAAACUACAUAUUCUGCAUAUUCUACGGAACCCGUAGACCUAUUCACAGAUCUGCUUACUUGUUUUAGAUGAAAAGCUAUUGAAACCUGGAAAUAGUCUGUCAUGCUUCAACGGAAAAUUCAUGCAGUUAAAAUAAAUAUAUUAGAGACACGGGAAGAAUGGAUCGGGCACAACGAAAGUCUUCUGUAGGCCUAUCUGCUUUACAAGGCGUGUGACACAUUGAAGUGAGUUUGACAUGGCGUGCUGGCAAUGGUGCCGUCGGACCUGCGUUUGUUUCCUGGACAAUGAAGAGAGGCAGACUAUUGCUAUUGACAAGGAGAUUCAGAGGAUUCUCCGAAAGCAGAAGAAGAGAGAACGCAGAGAAAUCAAAGUUCUUUUACUCGGCACGGGGGAGAGUGGGAAAACCACCUUCAUCAGACAGAUGAGGAUCAUCCAUGGAAGAGGCUUCUCUGAGGAGGAAAGACGGGACUUCGCCAAGCUCAUCUAUCAGAACAUCUUCACAGCUGUGAAGGCUAUGACCCGGGCCAUGAUCACCCUCAGACUGCCCUAUGCCUACCCAGAGAAUGAGAUGUAUGACAGGUGGGUGCAGGAUGUGGAUGUCUCUGUCACCCAGCUGGACAGAGGCAAUGUGGAUGCCAUCCGCCGUCUCUGGGCCGACCCAGGCCUCCGGGUCUGCUACAGCCGCCGCAGCGAGUACCAGCUGUUGGACUCCACAGAGUACUACAUGACAAAUCUGGACCGCAUAUCAGCCCCAGACUACAUCCCCACUGCUCAGGACGUACUGCGAGUUCGAUUCCCCACCACCGGCAUCCAUGACUACUCCUUCACUGUGGAGAAAAUCACACUCAGGAUUGUGGAUGUGGGUGGACAGAAGUCAGAGAGGCGGAAGUGGAUCCAUUGUUUUCAGGACGUCACAUCCCUCAUUUUCCUGGCUUCCCUCAGUGAGUACGACCAGGUCCUGGAGGAGAGAGAGACCGAUAACCGUAUGGAGGAGAGCUUGGCUCUGUUCUACACCACCAUCCACUCCCCCUGGUUCCUAAACACCUCCAUCAUCCUCUUCCUCAACAAGACAGACAUCCUCGCUGAUAAGAUCCAGGCGUCCGACCUGCAGAAGUACUUCCCAGGGUUCACAGGAAAGCGACGUGAUGCUCAGGAUGCUAUGAAGUAUAUACAGAAGAUGUAUAAGCAGCAAACUCGCAGCCGGGACAAGGAGGAGAGCAAGACGCUGUACCCCCACUUCACCUGCGCCACCGACACCAACAACAUCUGCAAUGUAUUCAAUGCCGUCAAGGACACGGUGCUCCUCAAGGCCCUCAGGGACUAUGGGGUGAUCUGAUGGGCCUGGGGCCCUCCUGCCUGGGGACCAACACUCAACCAACACUCAGGGCUGAAGAGACUCUCCCCCGAUCCAUUCCUCGCUCACUUUUCUCCUCUCUCCAUCUCAGUGCUGGGGAUGGGGAUGCUUUCUGGCCAAACCUUCUUAUUGUAGGAAGGAAUCUCAGACAGAAUGGACUCCUGAACACACACACACACACACUACAGGAUCUGAUCAUAGUUAUUUCCCCCUCUGGUUGUUAUUGUAUAAUGUUGUGUGUAAGGGCUUGGAGAUGCAGUGCCCUACCAGUGCUUGAAACUGGACUAGAAAUGUCAUGAAGUGCUGUGCCUCCAUUAUGUUAGUGAUCACUUUAGCAUGUGGAGAGGAGAACUCUAUAGCCCAUAUGUAUCACCAACACCCCCAUGUUGAUAGAAAAUGCCUCUGCUCUAGAGAUCACUACAGAAGCUUCCACUCUAUCUGUGUGUUGAAUGAACGCUACUGUACACGUGUUGUAGCCAUUACAUAACACAACACACCAUUUACACUAAUAAGUUUACACUUAUGAGAAGGUGCCACCAAAUAAGGCUGGUGUAACAUUUUGUAUUUGGUUAGUCUUUUCAUUUGUUUUAUUGUUUGAUAGCUGUAUUCCAGGUGUGAGGUGUGGUGGAGGCGGGAAAUGUGAGAGUCGAUGGGUUCCCCUGACACAGUAUGUUAUGCAAUGCAAUGCUGUACUACACUGUUAGGAUUCUUGGUUUGGUUCAUUGUGGAUGUUCUUGUCUCAUCCCAUAAUGUGCUUGCUUUUCGACCAAUCACGAACUGCUAUACAUUGAGUUCAUAUGGGAACAACAAUACCAGUGAAUCAAUACAUUGCCCAACAAAUCAGAGUCCUUAAAGGGAUAAUUCAAUGUGUCAUUUUGUAAUCUGGGUGGUUUCCUUACCCUGUAGCAUUCUAUGUACAAGGUAUGACAGUAAUCCAUGCUUUGGUUUAGUUUCCCUGGUACUGUUUCCAAAUGCAAAUGUUUAUCAUUUGUGGCACAAAUCCCAUUCAAGUCAUGGGACCGAUUAUUAGCAAUUUUUGGGCAUCAUGUUCAAAUCAUCUAUAAGUUACUUUGGUGAGCUUCACGAUACUUUAGGAUAAUUUGGACAUAAAUUAUAAAAUUGGUCCCAUGACAGAUUUGUGCUACAAAUGUUUGCAUUUGGAAAACGUGCAAGGGAAACUAAACCAAAGAAUGGAUUGCUGUCAUACUGUAUCUUGUACACAGACUGCUUACAGGGUAAGGAAACUAAUGUGUCAUUGUGUAAUUUGUGUGAAAUAUCCCUUUAAGAGCAGGAGCCAAGUACAGGGUUAAUACUAGCUGGCAGGCAUGCUGCUGUUAAUGCUAUUAGGUGGUUGAGGGAGGCCAGUAGAAAUGAAAGCCUGGUAUCCUGUGCGGUUCAAGUCUUGCUACUGUCUGAUACCUCUAAAAAUCAACAUAAAAAGAACAGAGUGUAGUUGUGAUGUGAAUGGUGAUAGGCUACAGCCCACGGUAGGGCUUUGAUUUGAGCGGUGGAGUUUCCUGAUCAUCUCUUCGGGCUGUGCUGCGGAGUGUCAUCAAAGGUUACCCAGCAAAACAAGGAUUUAAUCAUUGUAUUUAUUAUUUACAUCUCUUUAUUUAUCGUUGGCUAGUUCUUUUACUCUGGUCCCGAUAUCCAAAUUUAUGUUCAGUCGAUAUUUAGCUCAGUAGGCUUUGGCUGUGCUCAAAUUGUUACUAGGUCGGUAGGAUUUUAUAUUGGAUUUUAUAUUGGUGCAAUUGAAGCAAUAUUGUCUCUAUACAUAUGAGUGUAAUAUCCAUCUCAAUAUGAGUGAGUGGAGCAGGGUGGAGUCUGUCUGAUAAUACAGGUAUUAAUAUUCUAACCUGUGUGUGUGUGUGUGUGUGUGUGUGUGUGUGUGUGUGUGUGUGUGUGUGUGUGUGUGUGUGUGUGUGUGUGUGUGUGUGUGUGUGUGUGUGUGUGUGUAAAAGGACUUCAAGAUCAGAUUAAAACCUCUUCCAUUUAAUUGAAUUCAGUAAUGACAAAUUGACAUAGAUCAUAUAGUGUAGUAUGCAUCUAUUUAAUCAAGAUUUCAGAAUAUUGCUUUGGGACAGUGUGAAUAAUCUAUACAGUAUAAGGAUUUGACCUGUGUUUUCUAACUUUUGACCAAAUAUUUGAUUUGAGUCUGAAUGUGCAACUGUUGUAUAGCUAUAUACUGUAUCUUCCCCUGCAGAACUGAACAUAAACCCUGCUGUUGUGAAAUAUUAAUUGUGUUCAGCUUAUUUUUAUAUUAGACAACCUCAUCAAUAGCCACAGUAACUGGAGUUGUUGUAUAUCUUACAGACUUAAACAUUGGGAGAACUCUUAUUUGGUGCAAAUAUUUUGUAUAGAUUUGGCAAGAAUUUGGUGGAAAUAUUUUCAGAUUAGAUUAAAGAUGUUUUGACAAAGA